UCUGGCAUAGAUAGAGAGGAGCAGGACAACGGGAGCAGAUACUCUCUAAUUGACACGGUGCGAAGAGGUGUCCCCAGGAGGAACCUGUAGCCCUGUCUGGAAAGUCAGUUGAUGCGUCGUUAGUGGGCACCACAGCAGGGACAUCAGCCUACCCCGAGCCAGAGCAUAUCGGAGGAGAGACUUCUUCAGCUUCGUCCCUGCUACUGGCUGGAAGGGGCAUGGCGGCAAGGGGAAGGCCGUCGGCCAAGGAGAAGGAAAAGGAGGUUGAAAGGGCGCUGGGGGUGCACCGAGUGCCCGAGAACCAGAAGCGGGAGGUCUACGAGAGGGUUAGGAGGGCCAUGGAGGCCAAGAACGGUGUCUGCACCAGCCACAAGGUGGGGUCAUCGUCGUGGGACGAGAACGAGCAGAGGGUGCUCGAGGACGGCCUGCGCUACUACUCACACGAUCAGCACAGCAACAUGCUCAUCUACAUCCGUAUCGCCGCUGGCCUGCCGAAGAAGACGGUCAGGGACGUCGCUCACCACCUGCGGCACAUGCAGGCGAGGUCCCGGGACGAGCACCGGGCGAAGCCCGAGGCUGCUGCGCCAGGGAUGAACAACCCGGCGAAGCGGCAUCACCCCGAUCCGGGAGCCGCGGCGGCGAUGGCGGCGAUGCACGAGCACCACAUGGCGGCAAUGUUCGCCGCCAACGCGGCGGCAGGGAUGGCGGCGAUGCAAACGCUUCCCGGGCUGGCGCCGGGGCUGGCGGGGCCUAGCGGACCGGGGCCUCACCUGAAGGACGAAAAAGUGGAGGCGCGUGUUUGCACGCUGCUGCAGGAGAACAUGGCCCUGAUCAACAGCAUCCGCGAGAACAUGGUGAUGGGCAGGUUCUUCGACAACCACCCCCUGAUGAUAGCCUUCGACAAGAACGUCAAGGAGGUCACCGCUCUGCUGGCCACCCUGCCGUUUGCGGAGAUGCAAAAGCUGCCCGUUCAGAUCAAUCCGUACUUCAUCACGGGCUCGCUACCGGCAGGCGUGGGUGUACAACAACCGGGGUCGCCGAGCCAUCACGUUCAACCCCCGCCCGGUGGCGCCGCCCCACCUCCUGCACCCAGCGGUGUUGGCAUCGCCGGCCAUGUCGACGAGAGCUCGAGCGGAAACGGGGCCGUUGAGCGCAGCGGUCAAAAUGACGCGCAGCCGGCGGGUGGCGUUGCUGAACAACUGGACCCCUCUCCUGCUCUUGCUCCUGCUGCUCCUGCUGCUCCUGCUGCUGCGGGUGGAGGAGGACCGCCCGUUGUUGACUCCUUGCCACCACGUCAACAACAGCAGCAGCCGCAGGAGCAGCAGCAGCCGCAGGAGCAGCAGCUCCGGACGCCUGUUGCAGCUCCGCCGCCGAUCGCCACGCCAGCGCCACAAAAUCUCCAACAACAACAAGACUUGCAGAAGCAAGCAGCAGCGGCGCCGGUACAAUCGGAGGUAGCGCCCAACGCUGCAGGCCUGAUGGCGGCGCCGGCGCCGGCUGCACUAGCGUCGACCACUGCAAGUACGCAUCCGACGGACCCAGCGGCUGAAGCGGCGUCCAUUGCAGCAGCAGCAGCAGCAGCAGCAGCAGCAGCAGCAGCCAUUGCACAAGCACCAGCGGUGGUAGCAACCUCGAUGGGACCGAUCGCGGAAUUGCCGGCCGAUUCUGCCGUUAAUGGUGGGGACGGGGGCGCGGGGGGCAAUAAGGAGCCUCUCGCAGAACCGUCGGCGGUUGCGCCGCCAGAACCAUGAGGCAUUGAGAGAGCAGAAGGGAAUGCGACAGAGUGCCCGUGCUCAACCGACUACGUCAGCCGUGGAAGGGGGACUGAUGGGGUGAAGGGUGCGGCGCGGGCACUGCUUUUGGUCGUCGUGACUGGCCUGGCCUACUGCUGUAGUCAGAAUUGUUCUCUCUUCUUUUGGCAUGUACUGUACACAAAAAAGUAAAUGGUAGUCUUGGAAGAAGGGGGUAGGGGUGAGGGGGAGAGAGCACGGUUUUCGUUGUUCCAUCGAUGUACUGUUCCUUGUUUUUGCCCUUCUUGCAAUCGGCUCGCGAACAGAGCUAGCUGAUCGCACCGAAAACAAAGUUGGUUUUGCGUCCGCAGGGGGGUGUACUCAUAGUCGUGCAUGCCGUAGUUGUUAGACCAUUGACCUCGCAUCCCUACAAAGCCGGAACGGAGCACGCCGGGUUCUCACCGGACCAGGCAGGGGGGGGGUAUUUGCUUCCUGUUGGGUCUGGCCAGGUUGUAUCUGUAUCCUUUUACCUCGCCCGAAGCGCAGCACAUAAUUUGGUAGGCGGUUCGCAGACGUUCAUGUUGUGUUUAUAUUUUAUGAUCCAACGUUUGUCACCCAUUUGUUUUGUAACGCAUCGACGAUGAAGAGGAAUCAUCAAUGCGCGUGCAGCGUUUUCAGGGUUUGUUUGCAUUGUUACCAUGUACAAACCUUUUACGCGGAGACCGGACAGCAAGUCAAGGCAAUUUUUAUGUUCGGUGUUUGGUUACACAAACUGGUAGAAAUCGUUCCAACCGCGGAGUUUUUUUUUGUGACCCUGGGUAAUCGGAUAUA